AUUACGAAUUCAAGAUCAUGAGACACAAAUUUCAUAGAGAACGUCCAUGACUUUGCCUAUAUAGGUGCUUACUGAGGUUAGAAUAGCAAUGAGCAUACUACCUCAUACAGGGUUAGUUUUUACCUUCCUUUCUCUAUCAGCAGGUAUCAAUGGCUUCAUCCUCCGUAGUGGUGGGGACCCAGAUUUUGAGGCCUACCUGCGCGAGGUACUUGAGAAUUUUCGGAAUACAAUGGAAUACGGAAUUCCGCCGAUAGGUGUCCCACCACUAGAUCCGCUGACUCUUCGUAACAUCGAUAUAAAUGUAAAAGAAGACGUCGCUGAUGUUGAAUUGAAAUUUUACGAACUAAAAAUCGAAGGACUUUCAAAAUUCGUCGUCGAUAAAAUGGAAUCCAACUUAGCCAGCUACUACGCAAAUAUUGGACUUUCUCUACCUCAUCUGGUGGUGACUGGUCAGUAUUAUUUGGCUGGAAAGGUGAUCGGUAUAUUCCCCCUGAAAGGAGAAGGAGACUAUCAGAUAAUUGCAGAAGGUAUCCACAUCGGUGGUAUGGGACAGCUAGCUUUCAACGGACAAGAUCUACAGUUUGAUAAGCUGAAUCUAGGGCUAAGCUGGAAUGAACUGAAAGUUAAUCUAGAAAAUUUUCUUGGUGGUGGACAGUGGUCAAAGCUAAUCCAAGUGCUACUUCCUGCUAUAGGCAAAGGCAUCUUUGAUCGCUUCAAACCCAAGGUCAUGGAACUCCUCAACAAAGCUCUGAUGAACAAGGUGAAUGAAGAGCUUCGAAAGCCGGAAGUCAAGGAAAUAAUUAAAGGAAUUUUCCCAGACAGAUUUCUUAACAACCUGAAAACUUAAGUGUGGAUAAUCCUGAAAAGCUUGUAUCGAUAUUGCUAUGAUGUUAAUGUAAUUAAAUAAGUUUAUCAAUAAUUAUAUAUACCUUCAAAGUGCAAUAAUAUUACAACUUAAGCAGUGUUACA